UUCUCCAGGAGAACGGAUCUCGCCUGGAGAUCAGUUGUAAUUCCAGGAGAUCUCCAGCCACCACCUGGAGGUUGGCAACUCUUUGGCGGUAACCCCUGGCUGCCCGAAGCAGAGAGUUGCGCUUCAGUCUGAGCAGGGGGUUCUUCUUCUCCAACCGCUUUGCUUAAGUCUUGGAGAGGUGCGGUGGGACUUUGAGCCGAUGGUGACCGCCACGGAGCCCCAUGCAGCGUUUCGGCAACCCGCCCGGCCGCCCCUUCUUCGCAGCCAGCCGCGCUCGCCUCCGCAGCCGCGAGAUGGGCAGCAUCGCCAAGGAGCCCCUCCCGAGCACUGAGCCCGGCUCGCCGCAGGAGCCCAAGGAAAUGGGCCACGCCGAGCACCGCGCGGCUGUCAAGCGGGACUACCACCACCGGAUCUUUGUGAACCGAAGCCUGGCGCUGGAGAAGAUCAAAUGCUUUGGUUUUGAUAUGGACUAUACUCUAGCAAUGUACAAGUCCCCAGACUACGAAGAGCUGGCAUUUGAGCUGCUGCUGGAGCGACUAGUUUCCAUUGGAUAUCCCCAUGAGAUCCUGGAGUAUAAAUACGAUCCCACCUUUCCUACCAGAGGCCUGGUAUUUGAUGCCCUGUAUGGGAAUUUGCUGAAGGUGGACUCCCAUGGGAACCUCCUGGUGUGUGCACAUGGCUUCCGCUUCCUCAAGGGGGCUGAAAUUUGGAAUUUUUACCCAAACAAGUUCAUCCAGAGGGAUGAUAUGAAGCGCUUCCAUAUCCUAAAUACUUUAUUUAACCUGACAGAGACCUAUCUUUUUGCCUGCUUGGUGGAUUUCUUUACCAGCUGCUCCCGAUAUGUAAACUGUGACACAGGCUACAAACACGGCAACCUUUUCAUGUCUUUCCGGAGCAUGUUCCAAGAUGUCCGAGAAGCUAUGGACUACGUCCAUCUCUCAGGCUGCCUCAAGGAAAAGACGCUGGAGAACCUGGAGAAGUAUGUGGUGAAAGAUCCUCGUGUUCCCCUCCUGCUGAGCCGCAUGAAGGAAGUGGGGAAGGUGUUUCUCGCCACCAACAGUGACUAUAACUACACAGAUGCAAUAAUGACAUACCUGUUUGACUUCAGUGAAGAUGACAUGGAGGAACCCCAGCCCCGCCCCUGGCGCUCUUACUUUGACCUGAUUGUCGUCGACACACGCAAGCCGCUCUUUUUUGCCGAGGGCACCGUCCUGCGACAGGUCAACACGGACACAGGGAAGCUGCGGAUUGGCACCUACACAGGACCCCUUCAACACUGCGCUGUUUACUCUGGAGGCUCUUCAGACAUGGUGUGUGAUCUCUUGGGAGUGAAGGGCAAGGACAUCCUCUAUAUUGGUGAUCACAUAUUUGGAGACAUCCUCAAAUCCAAGAAGAGGCAGGGCUGGCGCACCUUCUUGGUAGUGCCUGAACUGGCCAAGGAGCUGCAAGUGUGGACAGAGAAAAGCGAACUCUUUGAGGAACUGCGAAGUCUGGAUGUGUUCCUGGCUGAGCUUUAUCAGCACUUGGACAGUGGAAGCAAUGAGCGGCCUGACAUCAGCUCCAUCAAGAGGCGCAUACAGAAAGUCACUCAUGAAAUGGACAUGUGUUAUGGGAAGAUGGGCAGUUUGUUCCGCUGCGGCUCCCGCCAGACCUUGUUUGCCAACCAGCUGAUGCGCUAUGCUGACCUCUAUGCUGCCUCCUUUAUCAACUUCCUGUAUUACCCUUUCAGCUAUCUCUUCCGGGCACCGCCCACACUGAUGCCACAUGAAUCGACUGUGGAGCACGUGCGUAUAGAGUUCAGUGAGACAGGCUUGCUCACUGGGAAUCGGAUGCACCCGCUUGGCCUCUGCAAGCAGCAGAAGCUCCAAAACAUUUUCCAGGAAACCAAUGAUGCUGAAGACGAUGAUGACUGAUUCACUUCAAUCACCCCAAGGAAAUCCAGAUAUGACGACUGAGUGCUGCUUUACUGGAGCUGCCGAUAGGGUGGGGAGGGGGACAAGAGGGGCUCCUAAAAUGGGAUAGAUGUUGGAAUUUCCCCAGCCAAUGCCAGAAAGACCUGACCUGUAAAGUGGCUGAUUUUGAAAGCCUGUGGCUGCAUGUGGGUCUGGGUGCAAUAAUCCAGCCAGCUGAAAAGGGCCUUUCUAGGAGGCUUGCUGUUUGCACUCCUUUCUCAUUAGCCACUUCAGCCAUCAAGAGCUCCACCCCCAAGAACCUUCAGAUGACAAGAGUCAGUCCACGCCUCCCUCCCAGCUGAUUUCUUCUGCAGGUGCUGCCUCUAGUGCAGUUUAUCUGCAUUAAGAAGCUAUCUGAGUCAUUGCCUCAGCCCAGCCAUGUCAGAGAAUGGUUCUACAAAACCAAACCAAGGUGGGUCCAGUUUACCCCACCUUACUAUGAGGAAUGAAGACUUGACUUGCUGAGAAUGGUGGAACAUGAGGCCUCUCCCAUCUCCUUUCUGCUGCCACUUAGCACACUUCAGUUGUGUGUUUGAGAAGGAAGGAAGACAGCCACUUCCUGAGCAGAUAUCAUUGCUCCGGGGAGAAACCUCUCCCUCUGGCACUUGCAGAAGAUGCCCUGUGCCACUGAGCCCUUCCUCAAGGCAAACUGAAGCUCAAGUUCCUCAGGCACAGCUAAGAGGGCCACCAGUGGCCCAGUCACACUCCCAGAGAAUGGCUAUUAUAUGGACAUGGAUUUGGGCCUCAGUCUUCCAGGCAGCUCUGUUGCCAAGGGUUCAGCAAGAAUCUUCAGUUUGUAUUUGCCAUGUAGGAACAGGGCCAUGCCUCUGUCUUCAGGCACCCCGCCCCCCUCAAGCAAGGCACCUUGUAAUCACUUUAUCCCAAAGGAAGACCACAAAGGAGAAAAAGAGAACCCUUUCUAGGACUGGAGGAGGGUGAAGUGUGCCCAACAUGGUUUGCAGGGAGGAUAAAGUAAUCAGCAAUAGUCUGAAAGGAGCAUAGAACAAAAAAGGGAAGCAGCUCAAGGCCAGGGGAGUCUUUUGAGGCUGAAGUCACAGUGAUUUGCUGUGGGAUUCUUAUGCAGUACGUAUCCCCAGCACCCCCUGCCCUCCAAAUCUAUACCAGAUACCCUUAUGUAACAAGCUGGCCAGGCCUUACUGUUAGCUGGAGCAGGAUUUAAGGGAGAGGACUUAAACGGAGAGCUGCAAGUCGUGUCCAAGGAGCCAAGCCCAGGGGCAGAGGGAAGAGUGCAGACAACAGACUCUUCAGUUGCCAAGGCAGCAGAGAAACCCAUUCUACAGCAAUAUGCAAGAGACCAGUCUCUGCUUGUGUUCACACAAGAGCAGCAAGUAGGGGGUUGGGGCAAGGUACAGGAGAGUCAGCAAUGCCUCCAACAGAGACUGAUAGGCUUUUCUUUUGCUCCUCUGCUGCCUUUCUGAAAAAAGAAAUCUUGCUGGGAAACAAGGGUACUCCCCCCUCAACUCCAGCGGUGCACACAGGUUUCUUACAACAAAAAUAAAGAUUGUCAGA